AUGGGUGAUUGGAUGGUGAAUUCUUUAUUGGUGUUUCAGGUUCCGUUUGAAGUUUUGAUUAGAAGACAAAUUGCUCGGUUGUUAGAUCCUAGUCUUCAGUGUCUCAGAUUUGUUUAUGAUGAACUGGUGAAGAUGAGCCGUGCUUGUGAGGCAACUGAGUUGCAAAGGUUUCCCUUCUUAAGAAGGCGUAUGGAUGAAGUCAUGGGAAAGUUUUUGCGUGAUGGCGUAAAGCCUGCUGAGAGAAUGAUAGUGAAUCUUAUUGAGAUGGAGAUGGAUUAUAUAAAUUCUUCAAAUCCAAAUUUCUUAGGCGGGAGCAAAGCUGUUGAGAUUGCUAUGCAGCAGCUGAGAUCAUCGCAGCCAUGGAGACUGAAGUGCCCAAAGUACCAGCCAAGAAGAAAGAACCUAGCAAAAGGGCUGCUGCAGCGGCAAAGAAGAGAGGUGCAGCGAAUAAGCAGCAGCCUCAGACAUUGGCCCAGAAGCUUUGAACUGACAUGUUAAAGCCUCCUGAAAAUUCCAGGAUUUCACCGGAGAAGAAAGUGAGAAAGAUGAGGGCAUCUCCAUUCAACAAGAAAAGUGGUUCUGUGUUGGGAAGGGUUGGUAAGGUAAAUGAAGUGACUGAAAAUGAAGAAUAUUCGGGUUCUGCUUCUACUUCUGCCAGUAGUGAAGAAACUAUUGAAGUUGCACCAGCAAGAGCAACACCUCAAAGGGUGAACCAAGUUAGAAAACAAGGUAUGUGUUGAGUGACUCUGAAAGUGAACAUGCCACUGAGGAUUCUGAAUUUGAUGAAGUGACUGAUGAAAGUGAAAACAAGGUAUGCCACUGAGGGUGAACAUACCUCAUCUGUUUCACAUUGUAGAAAAUCCUUGACCGUUAGAUGUUUUGCUUAGAAACUGUACUUCAUGAUCUGUAUUUGAUUUGUAAUUUGAAACUUCAUUCCUUAACUGAUGUUCUGUCUUUUCUAUUCUGUAGAGAA